UGAUGCAAUCACUAUCAGUACGUUGAUUGGUCCGAGUCUCUGGAUGAUCCGGAAAGAGCUGCAGUGGUUCCUCCUUUCUGUUCACCGGCGCCAUCAUGGUGUUUAAACGCUACGUCCAGAUUGGCCGCGUAGCCUACAUCUCCUUUGGUCCCCAUGCUGGCAAACUUGUAGCUAUUGUUGACGUCAUUGACCAAAACAGGGCUCUUAUCGAUGGCCCAUGCUCUGGUGUAAGAAGACAGGCCAUGCCUUUCAAGUGCAUGCAGCUUACUGACUUCGUCCUUAAGUUUCCACACAGCGCUCGUCAAAAGUGUGUGCGUGUUGCCUGGGAGAAGGAGAAGAUUAACGAGAAAUGGGACGCAACAAACUGGGCAAAGAGAAUCGAAGCAAGACAAAAGAAAGCAAAGAUGUCUGACUUCGACCGGUACAAAGUCAUGAAGGCAAAGAAAAUGAGGAACAAGAUCAUCCGACAUGAGAUGAAGAAACUGCAGAAGGAGUCUACCACCAAGAAAGCAUAAGCUUUUCUCCCAGAAGUUGGAAUAAAAAAUGAUUUAUAGAC